GCCGACAGGAUUCGUUGGCUGCCGUGCCCGCUACCGUGCACUGGGUUAAAAACGACAAGUAACGCUAACCAUGAAAGAUCCAAGUCGCAGCAGUACUAGCCCAAGCAUCAGCAAUGAAGAUGUGAUUAUUAACGGUCAUUCUCACGAAGAUGACAAUCCAUUUGCAGAGCACAUGUGGAUGGAAAAUGAAGAAGAACUCAACAGACAGAUAGAAGAGAAGUUAUGGGAAGAAGAAUUUAUUGAACGCUGUUUCCAAGAAAUGCUGGAAGAGGAAGAAGAACAUGAGUGGUUUAUUCCAGCUCGAGAUCUCCCACAACCUAUGGACCAAAUCCAGGACCAAUUUAAUGACCUUGUUAUCAGUGAUGGCUCUUCUCUGGAAGAUCUUGUGGUGAAGAGCAAUCUGAAUCCAAAUGCGAAGGAGUUUGUUCCUGGGGUGAAGUACUAAAAUAUUUGAGUAGACGGGGCCCUCUUUUGGUGGAUGUAGCACAAUUUCCACACUGUGAAGGCAGUAUUAGAAGACUUAAUUGUAAA